AUGACACCAAAAGAAAUUAUUCUGUCGUUGUGCGUUUUGGCUUCAGUCGUCUGCCUCAGCUACGCACAGUGUGAAACCCACGAAAAACCGUGUAUUUACGAAAACAAAAUAUAUGGUUCACUAGAGAAGUGGACAACUAAGGAUUGUAAAACGUGUACAUGUUCAUAUGCUGGAAAUGGUUACCAAUGUUGUAGAGAUGCAUGGAUGCCAAUAGAUUAUUCAUGGGACGACUGUGUACCGGUUUGGGACGAAGAUAAUUGUGUCUAUCGACUUGUACGAAUCGAAGAUCCUGAUGUUGAGUGCGAAGUCAUGGGUGGAGUCAUGUAA